AUGAAUAAAUCAACUUUUUUUAUUUUCGUUAUUCUGAUAUCCACAGUAAUUUGUAGGUUUGCAUAGAUUUAUUUGAAAAACAAAUAUUUCUCAGGUCAGAAAAGUGGAAAAAAAAUUGAAAAAGGAGAUGAGCGUCCUAUAAAAAAGAGUAACACAGAAAUGUUAACUGAUAAAGCUUCGGAUUUUUUAAAAACUUGUGAUGAAACUCUAAAUAAAACGCAAACACUGAAUAAUGUGAAAAACAAUGAAUUCGAUGGAAUAAUGAUGGAUGCUGAAGUAUUGCAAAAUCUCACACAUACUGAUAAAAUUUUCACAUUUUCAGUUAUUUACAAUGACAAUAUAAAUAUUGGUUACACUUUGAAGUAUAUUAAACAUACUUCGAGUUAUCAAAUUGUAUCUGAAACACAUUACAGUUGCUCAGCUAUGGAAAAAAUGUCAGCAAAAAAUGAAGUUUCAAAAAUUGUGAAAAAUUAUGAAGCUGAGGAAAAUGGAAUAACAGAUGACAAUUUAAUGAUACAUUGUGAUGGAACUAAAGAAAAUGUGAAAAAACAAGAUUUUCUGAAACACAUGAAAAAUCGAGAAUUUGUUAAAGUCGAUAAGAAAUUAGCGAAAUUCUACAAUAUUUCUCAUGAUAAAAAACAUGAUGUUAUAAGAUUUAUUUAUCAAAUAAAUGAAGAAGUGAAGAAAGAAUUGACAGCAAAAAAAAUUGAAGGCGAAUAUUUGGUAUUUUCUGAAAAACUACUUUUAAAAUGUGAUUCUCCGGCUCUUAAAGAAGAAUAUUAUGACAUCAUGUAUAAUUGGACAUAUGAAUUUUCUCAUUCUAAAGGAGACAUGGUUUUCAAAUACCAAAUGCAUGAUAACUUCACUUUCACGAGUUUGGAUGGUGAAAUCAAAGAUCGACAUUGGUUUAUUUAUGAAUUUUUGGAAAAAAAUGAACCAUGGGGAGCAUAUUAUAAUCCAAGAUAUCAUUUAACUGAUUUUUUUAUUCUAUUUCAACAUAAGCCCACUUUAAGAGUUUUCAGAUUGACUGUGGAUUUGGUGGAGAAGAAAAACUUGUUAAGACAUGUUGUCGAAUUGAAAACUGAUAAGAAUCCAAUAUUUGUAAAACACGCCGAACUAUUUAGAUAA